AUGCAGGAUGCGAUGAAGAUUGCCGAGGAUAAGGUCAAACUUUUCCUUCUUCAAUCUGCACUUCUAAAGAAACUUCCGUUGAAGUACAGGGCUCAUACUGUAAACAGUUCUUUGUUGGACGAAUUCUGCAAAGCGAAAGAUGGCAAAGUUUAUCCAUUUUACGAAAUCCAUACAAGUUUAUGGCAGAUUUUAAGGAUGAUACAAUCAGCUUUGAGAGAUGCUUAUAAAGACGACAGUACCGCCAAUGUAUUAGACAUGACUUCAGUGGCAGAUUUAAUGGACGGACGCCUAAUCCAUACUCUCUUCUGGCUCAUCAUGAAACAGACGUCACAGGGAUCAAAAGGUCUGUUGCUGUCUGCAUGGGAGAAAGUUGUCGCUCUUGUGAAUGGAUCAUGUCAUUCAGAUUCUCUAGAAAGUCGAUUUUUUCCAUUUUUUGACGAAAGUUCUACAAGCCUCCUUUACGAGGAAGGAACAAGUCCUGAUCAAGACUCCAGCGCGAAGCUCAAAAGGCUACUAUACGUUGGAAGUGCUCUUGUGAAUGAGUAUGUUGGUGAUAUUAGAUCAAGAAUCAACGCCAUGGCUGAGCUGCUAACGCUGGAUCUAAUGACAUGAAAUAUCCUGUACUGCUGCUAGAGAGUGUUCAGAAAAUGGCUGAAGACUUCCACAGCCUUCUCACCGACAAAGACAAAAAGAAACUGGCUGGAUUUAUGCAGAAGCUGGGAUUCGAUGACAUCGCAGCCACGCUUUACGAUCUACCUGAAGAAAGUGAGAGAAAACGUGAACUUCUUGACGCUGUGGAUAACAACGAGUCAGCGGUAAUAGUGGCACCCACCUCGUCGGGAAAGACUUUUGCCUCAUACUACUGCAUGGAGAAAGUGCUGACUCAAGACAAUGAUGGUGUGGUGGUUUAUGUUUCCCCAACGAAGGUUCACUGUCUUGGUCAAGAAAUUGGUGCUGAAGUCUGGGAGCAUCUUCUUCUUCUCAUUCGCUGUCCCUUCUUGGCGCUUUCGGCAACCAUUGGAAAUCCAGAUGACCUUACAAGGUGGUUGCAAGCCGCUCAAAGCUUUCGAGAGCAGCAAGACAAACAAGAAAAUGGCCAGAUGAGAGAGUCCUACAGAAUCAGACUAGUUCACUUUCAUGAACGAUACUCAGAUCUGGAGAAGAGUGUUUACCUUCCGAGUCCUAGUAAUGGUGGAUUCUCUGAAAAGUCCAGGAAAUACGAGGGUACUUACGAUGUCAAAGCGACUGGAGAGUUUGCGAGGCUUCACCCUUGUGCUCAGCUUGCAGCAAAACAGCUACAAGAGAAUUCCUUCCCAAGAGAUAUGGAUUUCACUCCUCGAGAAUCUCUACAACUUUUUGAUGUUAUGACUAUGCACUGGCCAGACAAAGAAUCCUUGCAGAAACUUUCCCCCGAGAGGUUCUUCGAGAAAAAUAAGUUCAUUGACAAGAGCUGCGCACGAAAGUACGAAAAGGAUCUGAAGAAAGAAUUCAAGUCUUGGGCCGAUGAAAAACAUUUUGAGAAGGUUGAAGCCGUUUUACAGUCACUGAAUUCUAUUUUGCUGGAGAAACAGGCUUCGACUGAAGAGGAAUGGACUCAGCUAGGAAUGCCUUCGUCGGGAAAAAUUUUCAUUUGGAAAAAUUUCCCAAAGCUUGUGGAACAACUUAAGGCUCAAAAAAAACUGCCAGCGCUUAUUUUCAGCUUUGACCGCAAGUUUUGCGAAGAGUUGGCGUUUGGUCUCGCUGAGCACUUUCAAAAACGAGAGGAGGUUAUUAAACGCCAGAAUAAAGGGAAAGACUCUAAGCUUGCCGAAAAGAGGGUAAAAAAGGCGAACAAGGAAUUUAAAAGGCUGAGAGAUGAAGAGACAGAGAGUACAAACGAAGAAAGAUUGGACGACCAAGUAAGACAACAGUACGAGAAAGACUCUUCGUUCUUAAAUGAUCCUUUACCAGCGUGCACAGUUGCCUUUACACACAAAAUUGGAGACGAGGAUUUACAAAAGAUCAUGCAUCGCAUUUGGUAUUUGCGUGGCUAUUCACUUUUAAAGGAAGCUUUAAGACGAGGAAUAAGUUACCAUCACGCUGGACUGAAAAACAAAAUUCGCGGCACCGUGGAGAUCUUAUUUAGAGAGAAGUACCUUCAGAUUCAUGGCCAGUUCCCUCAAUAUCCAAAGCAAGGAAGUGUCGGUGACGAUGACAAGUACGAUGUUAUCGAAAGGCUCGUGUCCUCAUCCAUACCGUACUCUGCCUGCUCUUCCUUCGCUGCAUUGUCGGGAAAUUCAGACUUACGAUUGCAUUCUUCGAGCGAGACCGCAGCCAGUUAUCCGGAAUCAGACGAAAGCGAUGUCGAAGUCGCCAACGAGAACGUGACAGUUGAGCUUGGAAAUGAUGAAGAAGAUAAGGAAGAAGAACGAAUUGAUCAUCUGCUUGAGAUUGUUCGACAAGAUGUUUACACCGACAUCAAUAUUGUUCCCAUCCUCCGUCUAAAAAACUGCAACUCAGUUGGAACAGUUCAGCCCUUGAAUGCAUAUGCUCUGGAUUUUUUCAAGCACGGUUCUGUUAAAGCCAUUCAGAAAGAAAACGGAAUCAAGGCCGGAGAAGUUUUUCAAAUCUUAAAGGAUUUUCUCUUUACCAUUAUGUCAAUCAGUGCUUCUGUUGAGGAGAUGUGUCCUGAAGAGGAAUACGACAAUGUGGUUGCAGCUUUCAAACAGCUCGUCGAGGAGUAUAGAAACAAGUUUAGAAAGCAGUUCGAUGCGGAUAUUUGAAAUGGUCCCUCCAAAAGUUGAUUAAGUGUCCUUAAAAAAUCGCCAAGUCAACGAAAGAAGGGAUUUGCCGAUUGCUAACCGAUUUGAAGCUAUAAUUUUUUAGGAAAAACAUAGGAGAUUAAUGCGAAAAACUCUUGUUUUCUAAAGGGAGAGUAAACAAUAAAUUGCGACCGUAA